AUUGCACUUUAAAAAUCUCCAAGGUUCCUUGAAUGUCGACAUGUGUUUAACUUUCCGAGGUCUGUCUACAUUGUGUGUUGGUCAUCCAACUGACCCUGCCCGGAUAUUAUAAAUAAUAUUGUACACAUUGAGAUAAAUGAGCUUCCGCCAUACAUCGUCAAUCUUGCAAAUGUUUCCUUCCAUUCGCUUCGCUUUGACAGCCAACAUGUUUAACUUCCUGUAGCUACCUUAUUUGUUUUAUUAAAGCAAAUACUCAGAUCUGUCAUUGCAUUUCUGCAUUAAUGGAAAUGCUCAGAUCUGUCAUUGCGUUAUUGGAUGAUUACGCCAAUACAUGACAAAUUGUUAUUGCAAUAUCAUCUAGCAAGCAGUCCUCUGAGAGGCCACUGAGCCGUGAGCGCAGGCUGAGUGGUUACUUCACCCCAAUGUUACCAUGCAACAGCAAAGUGGACACAGCUUUGUCCAUCUCUCUAUUGUCUCCGUGAGUCAACAAAGACUACAUCAGCUGAUAAGGUCAGUGGUCCGCUGUACAGAUACCGCACAGAUCAGUCAUUGAUUUCUUGGAGCAUUAAGCUUAAUGGAUGAGAAACCCUAACGAGGUGGUCCAUUCUGGAUAUCAGGUAAGAAGAUAUCUUUGAGGCUCUGCUGCAGGGGGGGAAUAGUAUUGUUUGUAUGUUUAAUCGAUCGUUUUGCCGAAUUUUGCCCAUGCUUUGAAAAGCGACGAGUGUUGCCACUUUCUGACAGAACUGAUCCCCUUUUUGUUGAUGAAGAACUAGAAGUAAAUGUUUUCCUCAUUUUUGAUAAUGACACUUCAUAUAUUCUGUAUACUGAUAUAAACUUAAACUAAAUAUAAUUGUAUUAUUUAAAUAUCAGGUUAUCUUGCCUGGGUACAUUUAUUUUAACUAAAGUAAUUUUUGUACUAUGAAUAGUUGGCCGAUAUUGCUAUGAAAAGCCUUGUUACAUAACUUUCUAACAUGGGAGAACAAGAAUGAAAUAUAUAUUAUAUGCACAUGUAUUUCAAUGUAGGCAUAACAAAAAGUUUUUGUGACAUUUGAGAUACGUCCAGAACAUGCUGUGGGUGACAUUUGAAUAUCAUGUGUUUAUUAUGCUGCCACAAGACAAAGCAGCAUCUCCAACAAUGAAGUGAAUAAACAAACAAGGACUUGAUUAUUCAACCUUGAUAAGAUAACUACAGAGGAAGUAUGUGUGAAUGUAUGUGUGGCAGUGAUAAUAUACCUAUGACUUUAUCAAUGUUUAAGGUCAUUCACAGACCAAUGAUAAAUUAUGAAUACAUAUAUUAUAAUUAAAUCUAUUCUUUUUAUAUUUUCUCUGGUAAACCUAUAUUUUAUUUUGUAUUAUUUAGAUUGCACAUAAAGUUGAUAUUGAAGCAUUGGCUUUGGCAAAUGAAAUGAAAAGGGAUUAAGGGUUUCCAAAAAUAGAAUAUAGCUUUGAUAUCCAAAUUUAAAGUAUUAUAAAAAGGUUAUAUAACAAUUGGCUUGCGUUUCUCUCAACAGGAAACUUUUGGAAGAAGUAGGCCUGCAAAGUACAAACUAUACAGACGGCAAACAACACAAAAAUAACUGGCACAUUUCUCCAACUAUAUCCCUCAGGAAGGCAACAUGGAUGCUUCCAUUAAAUUGUCCAACCUCACCCAGGAGUGGUUUGACUCCCUGCAGGGUUGGCGCUUGCAGUUCUUCUUCAUCCCUGCCACCCUCGUUACACUGAUCACUUUCGCCACCAACCCUGUGCUUCUCACGUGCAUCUUCCUGUCCCGCGCCUUGCGCCAGGAGACCCGCUACCUGCUGGUGGCCAACACCCUGGCUGCAGACCUGCUCUUCCUCACGCUGAACCUGGCCACGGUGUUCUGCAACGCCCUGGGCGUCCACAUCCCCCCCACGCUCUGCCAGCUGGACAUGGUCUUCACCGUCACGGCCUACUGCUGCGCCAUCCUCACCGUCACCGUCAUGGUGGCCGACACCUACGCCGCCGUGCGCUGGCCCCUGCACUACCGCGAGCUGCUGCCGCCGGCGCGCACCGUCCGCAUCCUGGUGGGGCUGUGGGUGGUGGCGGCGCUGUACCCGCUCUCCAUGUGGAUCAUGAUGGAGAUGACGGAGGGCAACGCCAGCGCGGUGGACACGCCCAUCUGCCUGGUGCUCAUCUCGCUGGGCUUCAUCCAGGCCACCAACAUGGUGGGGGUGCACAUCUACUUCUGCGCGGCGGCCCUCGUCUGCACCCUGCUCAUCGUCUACUGCUACGUGCGCCUCUACAUGGUCACCAAGACCCAGGGCAUCUGGCAGAGCCGCUACUCCCGGGCGCGGGUCACGCUGCUGGCCCACGGCGUCCUGCUGCUGCUCUACUUCGUGCCGGGCCUGGUGUUCACCGUGGAGCUCUUCCUGUUCCAGCAGGACGACGUGAGCCAGGACGUGCGCGUGUGGAUCAACACCAUCAACAUGUGCAUCCUCAUGCUGCUGCCCAGGGCCUUCGCCCCCUGCCUGUACGGGCUGAGGUACAGGGAGAUCUCGGACACACUGGUGCAGCUGCUGCACCGCCGCCGGAGACUCUGUAAGGUGACGGGAGCCUGAGGACCUCGCAGGGACUGUGUGCCGUCGACGUCAGUGUGCUCAGGUUAAACAGAAGGCUCCCAAUCACCGCGAUGAUUCAUGUGUUGCCCCCUGUACUGUGGCGUCUAUCACCUGAAUUCCCCGGGAUUAAUCAAGUACUCUCUUAUCUUAUCUGACCAUGACGUACAAUGACGAAACCACUGUGUAUUUAUAGCUCUUUUUUAUGCAUUCAAUUUUUCAAGCCAAUUUAGAUAUCUGACAUUUCUUGUAGACUUCAAAAACGAAGUCUACAAAAAUGUGUGGAUAUCAGCGAUGAUGAAAGCGUAUAUCUUUAUCCAUGUAAUUCCAUCUAUGUUGAUAUACAUACCAAGAUGAUGUGUUUCAAAUUAAAUGCAUAAACAUUUCAAACAAAUAAAACUAAGGUGAAUACACCUUGUUUCUGGGGAUGCUGCUUAAAGUUCCUGCUCUUCUAAAUGGGCCCAGAAUGAAAAUAUAUUGCUAAUCUAAACACGGCUACGGAUCCUUUUUAUACAGCUAACUAUCAUGCUCAAUUAUCAUAAAUCCUGAAACGGCUU